GCGUGGAAUGAAAAUUGUUCUUAUCAGCAGAUCACAGGACAAACUGAACCAAGUUUCCAGUGAGAUAAGAGAAAAAUUCAAAGUGGAAACAAAGACCAUUGCUGUUGACUUUACAUUAGAAGAUAUUUAUGACAAAAUUAAAACAAGCUUGGCAGGUCUUGAGAUUGGUGUUUUAGUGAAUAAUGUGGGAAUGGCAUAUGAGUAUCCGGAAUACUUUUUGGAUGUUCCUGACUUGGACAGUACCAUCAAGAAACUGAUCAAUGUUAAUGUCCUUUCUGUUUGCAAGAUGACACGGCUGAUCCUGCCUGGCAUGGUAGAAAGAUCUAAAGGGGUAAUUCUGAACAUCUCCUCUGCCUCUGGCCUGUACCCAGUUCCACUGUUGACCAUCUACUCUGCAACCAAGGCUUUUGUAGAUUUCUUCUCUCAAUGCCUCCAUGAGGAAUAUAAGAGCAAGGGCAUCUUUGUGCAGAGUGUUCUGCCCUACUAUGUUGCAACCAAACUGGCUAAAAUUCGAAAACCAACUUUGGACAAGCCCUCUUCAGAGACGUUUGUGAAGUCUGCCAUUAAAACCAUCGGCAUGCAAUCCCGGACCAAUGGAUACUUCAUCCAUUCUCUUAUGGCCUCAGUAGUCUCAAUACUGCCUUCCUGGUUGUACUUUAAAGUGAUCAUGAAUGUGAACAAAUCUGUCCGGGCUCACUAUUUCAAGAAAAUGAAGAAGAACUGAGCACUGGUAACAGCUUUGAGUAACUCAGCAGAUGCACCAGCCUAGAUUAAAGAAGACUAAAGAAACAUGCAAAACACAUGAUCUUGGGUUGGAACCUGGUUGAGAAAAUUUUUUUUUGCUCUACAAAGGACAGUUUUGAGACAAUUUGUGAGAUUUGAGAAGUCUGAAGAUUAGAUAAUAGCAUUAUAUCAAUGUUAAUUUCCUGAGUUUGAUCAGGUUACUUAAGAAAAAGCUUACUUAAGAAAAAGCUCUUGUUUUUUAGGAAAUGCACACUAGAGUAUUGAUGGAUAAUGGGACGUUAUAUAUGCAAUGUAAUCUAAAAAGAUUCAGAAAAAAUAUGUAUACAGAAAAUGAUAAAGCAAAUGUGUUAGUAUGUUAACAUUUGGAGAAUCUAAGUAAAAGGGAAAUGGGAAUUCUUUGUGCUAUUUUGCAAAUUUUCUGUAAAUCUAAAGUUAUUUCAAGAUAAAAAGUUAAAUCUUU